GUAUUGCGGAAUUUCUCGACAUUAUAACGGUUAAUGUGGUCCAUUUGAUUACUUUCACACAUAAAAGGUCGUCAUCUUCACCGUCGUCUUCGUCUUCAACCACCACUCUUAUCACGCGCAGAACAUUGAUUCUGCUCUCUGAACCUAAGGUUGAACACUUCCUCACAAAUAGAUAACACACUAAUCGGAGAACACUCCUUCAUCUCCAAAAUGGUCAAACUAUGUCACCCCCUCUCUGCCCUCGUGGCUUUGGAGGCUAUGGCUGCACCACUCCACCUCAAAGAGAGUCACAAGCGUCAUAGUCAUUCUGAAGGCGCACUGCUUGGUAUCAGAGAGAAUAGGGUUGAGGAUACCAUCCCCACAAUACUAGGGCUCCUUGAAAUGGACACUAUCAAUGCCACAGGUCCAUGGUACCCCUUCCUCAACAAGAUCUCAUCCUGCCACCACCAAGAUGGAAAGCUUUACUGUUUGCUCAAUGGCCGUGGAAGUCUCUGCUCUGAGGACCGCAAACAAGAGACCACGGCGGUGAGCAGUCAUAGCAAAAUUCAAAGGCACCCACUCGACCAGUUGACCAAACUUCGCGACUGGGAGUGCGGCCAUAACGAAAUCAAUCACUACAAGAAGAGAUAUUUAGAGUAUGAGACUGCCAGGGCGAAACUCAUGGCUGAGAAGGGGUACAACCUUCAAGCCAAAGGGGGCAAGGUCAAGGACCUGGAGAGGGAGCUUGGGCUUGAUUGGCAGACCCAACGCAUUCGGCAGCAAAUGCUCGACCCUAUAAUCCGCGCGAAGAAAAAGGAACGGGUGCAGCUCAAGAAGGAUCGGAAGCGGGAACGGAAGAAGUGGGCGAAAUGGUGGAAGAAAGAGCAAAGGUCCCGGGCACACGGCAACGACAAGCGCGCAGAACCCGAUAUCCCGCGGGUCUCCCGUGAUGACUCGAUUCCUGAUUCUCCGGAGUCUUGAAUAUAUGCUCUCUUUCGCGAUGACCCCACACUAGAACCAGUGACGCAUCACCAUCAUGGCUGACGCAGGUGGGAAACUCCCAAAGACGUUUGGAGGAAGUUUUCGACCGGAUCAUACACCCCCUCCGAUGGCGAGGAUUCCGAUACCCUCGACCGCCGUGGCCUCGCCGCCUGA